CCCCGUAACGUUCGAUCAUGUGACCUCACUUAACUCUCUCCGUUCUAGAAUCCAGGGAGUCAGCUCCCGCUGUGACGUCACGGGCAGACAUUCCAUUGGCCGCCCCCGAGUCCGGAGCUCGGCGCGAUGGAGGUUUACAUUCCGUCCUUUCGGUAUGAGGAGAACGACCUGGAGAGGGGAUACACGGUUUUUAGAAUAGAAGUAUUAGUCAAUGGGAGAAAGCAUUUCGUUGAGAAGAGAUAUAGUGAAUUUCAUGCACUCCAUAAAAAGCUAAAGAAAAGUAUUAAAACUCCAGAGAUGCCCUCAAAGCAUGUAAGAAACUGGAUCCCUAAAGUGCUGGAGCAAAGGCGACAAGGACUGGAGUCAUACUUGCAGACUAUUAUAUAUGAAAAUGAAGAACUGCCUAAAAUAUUUCUGGAUUUUCUGAAUGUUCGCCAUCUGCCAUCUUUGCCAAAAGCGGAAAGCUGUGGCUCCAUUGAGGAAAUCGAUUCCGAAGAAACUAGCAAACUGUCCCACCAGCCUGUGCUGCUAUUCCUCAGGGAUCCAUAUGUCUUGCCUAAAGCGAACGACCUUGCAGCCAAUGUGGUCAUUGAGGGCGUUCUUCAUGGCAUAUUUUACCCACAUCUUCAGACGAGCUAGAACUGUGAUAUCUUCUACAAUUUCCAUCCUGACAAGUAGUGGAGCAGUCAGGACAAUCCGUUUUCUUGAAUGCUUGGCUGCAGUGCUGGUGAUGGAGCCUGCUGAACCGCUGUACUAGUUUAUUUAUUGUUUACUAAGGAAUCUAAUAAUGGAUGUAAAGGGAGCAACAAGAACCCAUGACAAGGAAAGUCUUCAUCGUAAAUGAUGCCAAUAUACUUGCCAGGUUUGCAUACGGACUGUACAUUUCAAUACUAUGUUUUUGAAAUGUGUCUAAAGAUGCCACUAUUGGGUCUCUGUGAGCUCGGCCCUCUGGUAAUUCCUAAAUUGAAGAUGUUACUGUGCCCCAAACUCUUCAAAAGGAAAACCGAUUUCUAUUGCAUCUAGCUCAAAAGAGCCGAGCACCUUCAUCUAAGACACAAGGGGGUCUGGUGGUCAGUCAUCUAAAACUGUGUAUAGGGUAGGAGCUACUUGUGAUGUUUAGUGCAGCAUUUUAUAAGGCAGUUCGCCUCUUACUGAGGUCAUAAAGGGAAUAAGCAUUUAAAUGUCAUUACUGCCACCAAUAUGUAUACCUAGAACUAAUGUGAACUCUGUCUUAGUAAUGCGCUAAUGUAUAUAAACUGAUGUGUAAGUAUCUCACUCAUCAAGAAUUAGUUUGCUGCUCAUGUACUUCUGUUUUCUUAAACUAAAAUAAAGGGAAGCAUUAGACAUAUUGAGGAUAGAUGUGAUGGUCAAGAAGAAAACAGAGCUGCUUUCUUUAAGAAUCCGUUCAAUUCAUGUGUUAUUUCAGCUCUGUUCCAUUGACGUAAAGGUAAUACCAAACACAACCAGAGGAGGAGGCUCUGUUUCUGUAAGAAAGCUGAUAUAUAUCUAUAUAAUUUUUUUUUUUUUUACCCCCAAUGUAUUAUGGCUGCAGCUUCUCUGUUAUGCAAUCUGCAGGACGAUAUUUUUUGUCUUAUGCGCUGGUAGACAAGAACUGACAUUGGGGCAGAUUUACUAAAAAUAUCUGUAUAAACUUAGACCAGGCAUUCUGAAGAUGUGCUAAAUCUAGUAGUGGCUCAUACUGUUUGAUACAUUUGGCGCAUCUUUACACACUGUUGGCUUACUUUAUUGGUAAUAUUUACAGCCAAAUGUUGGCACACAUUGGGGGACAUUUAUCAUUUGUAUGUUGACAAUUUUUGCUCUAAAUUUCUCUUUGAUACUUUUUUUUUGUAACUUUUCAAGUAGACUAUUUUCUCAUGAUUGUGUAGGUAUGUCAAUAUAACUUAUUUUUUUUUUUUUUGCAGUGGUCAGGAACUUAUUAUGUGCAACUUUUGGUGAAAAGUCACAAAAAAAAGUGGCAAAGCCCUCAAUUUGUCUUAAAUAAGCCUGCUGCUUCCGGAUAACUCUGUGUGUCCACUCGUAGCGGCAGAAUUUCCACUGUAGAUACAGUGCCUGCUCAUAGCAGAUGCCCAGCAGGAAAUCCACUGCCACGAGCAUACACACAGAGCUACCCGGCCGCAACAGGGAGCUCACACCUGUGACUGACUGCCGUCAGGGCAUCCACAGCGUAAAACAUGCACCAGUUGCACCACACCCUAUCUUUGCUAAAGCCCUAGAAAGUAUCUAACACACAACUGAGGGUUUUCAUACACCACACUUACAUAAGCUCCAUCCAUGUUUACUGUGCUGGAUUUAAGAGGCAUACACCAAUUCAGUGGAUCUGUGGCUGACCGUGGCCCUGGUGCAGAAAUCUUCAAUAUUUGCUGGCACAAAUUAGCCUUAGGUCACAUGUGAAGAGGGCCCCUUCGCGUGAAGCUGCGUCAUCGAUGUAUAUUUUAAAAGGUUGCAAAUUUUUGCACAAAGAAAUGUGCAACUUUUCAAACCAUAAGCACGAUUCCGUUGUAUUGACUUAUCUUGUGACUUAAUAAAGUUGCUGUUUAAUAGUAAAUUAUAAGCCACUGGUACAGCUUAGAAAAUCUUCCCCAAUAAGUUCCAAAGGUAUGUACACCAGUGUUUUGGUGCCAAACUGAGCCAAAAUUCUGGCACAUUUGGAAUAAUAAAUUUGUUGUAUUGUGUGAAUUAAAUUUGCCAUAUACAUCAAAAUCUAAAUCUUAGAUGACUUGAAAAGUGUCUGUAAAUAUGUGAACAUUUGUAAAUCCAAAUAGCCAUCUACCAGUGACACAUGGAGCAUAAGACAGGAGUGUUGUAUUGGGGACACUGGAGCUAGAAGAUGACUAGUAACUUACAGCACUGACAACAUAAAGAAAUAAAUUACGACAAUACAUCACAUUUGUUGUCAACACUAAAGGGGAUUUAAUGUAUACUUCACACCACAACUGUGCAAUACGACCGCUGUAAGGAAUGGAAUAUUGCUAGGUUAUUCAAAGUUAUGGGUGUUACAACUGGGACCACCAGAAAUCACUACAUGGAAGUGCAACAGGUGAAUUAGAGCCAAGUUGUAGUAUCUGCACAGUACACAGGUGGCCUUAUAGUGAUUGCUUAUACAUGGCCAGAGGAUCCUGCAAACACGGCCACAAACAUGGUUCUACCCUGGAGACCAAUUGGCAAUUCUAAAAGUAAAUUUAAAAAAAAUUAAAAAAACUUGCCGAGGUUAUUGAUUGACAAAAAUAUCCAAUUAUAUGUUUUAUAUUAUCCAUUUUGUUCUUAAAGGAGAACUCCAGAAUAGGAAAAUUAUCGUCCAUACUGCCGGCA